UUCGGUAAAGAAUAACUGAGCAACCUUGACCUGUAAUUGCAGGUGGAACAACCCAAACACGUGGUGGCAUAUACUGGUUAAUCUUGCCAGCUGGAUAGUCUACAAUUCUUGCUUGUAUAUUUUACGUUUCUUACCUUGACGUGUUAAUUGCAUUUGUAGCUCUCAUGAAACAGAUUCAGAUCUUGGUUCAUCUUUCUGGGGCAUGGUAUUGAUACUUGCAUCAACAAAUCUUCUUACUGCUAGAAUAGCUGCUGGUUGUUUUAUUGUUGCUCUACUUAUUGUCCUCUUCGUUGCCAAAAAUUGGACUCUUCGGGGACUUUGCAUUGGAUUUAUCAUUUUCCAUGGUGUAAUAUGGAUUCUGCAAGAGACAACCAAAGUUCGAAUACUACGGUACAUUAUCUUGUUCAUAGGUGUAAUGAAUAGCUUAUUUUCAGUAUAUGGUAUGUCUUUGGAAAUGCAAAAUCAAGCUGAUUUGGUGUUACAACUACCUUAUAUGAAAUAGUAAAAUCCCUUUAACAUGAAAAUACAGAUAUUUAUGACGAUCUGAUCCCCCGUAGAGUACAUUCCAGUGAUGCAGAAAAAUUUGCGGAAGUGUGCCCCAGUAACAAAAGUUUUUAUAUAAAUACUACUAGUA